ACUUUACUUUGUUCAGUUGAAAUUCAACAAUUACAAGGUCCAGGUCAAGGAAGUCAAAAACGCGUGCUUUCUCUCCAAAUUUAUCUAAAUUAAUUCCUGUUCUUAUCAAGUAAAUUCUAUUAUUUUCAGUAAUAGGAUUUUGAUAAAAUAUGUUGCCUCCACGUCAGCAACCGAGGUCCGGAGUCCUGCACACGUCUUUAUCACUUGUACCGGCGGACGGUGGGUCGAAUUCUGAUCAGAUCCGUGAUUCGCCGACUGAAAGUGCGAGUUCACGCGAGACUUGGCCGACCGGGGAUGCUUUGAUGUUAUCAAAGCAGUUGGAAAGAGAGAAAGCGAAAGAACGUGAGAAUGGUUCUGCUGAACAUUCGGUGAUUCGGCAUAUAUCUAGCUCGGAUAGGAUGACGCUACGGGACGUGUCUAAAGAGAGAGUGGAUGUAAUUGCAGACCGAAUGCGACAUUUGCCUGACGAGUUUUUGGAUAAGUUGAAAAACGAGCUUCGAGGUCUUAUUGAAGGAAUGGGUGGUCAUCAACAUAGAGAAGAAUAUAUCUUACUUCAAAAGAUGGUUUUGAGUAGAACGGAUUUGACGGAAAAAACGCUUGUGAUGGCUCACCGUGGACAGCUGGAAAUACUAGUUGCUAUCAAGACGGGAAUCCAAGCGUUUCUCCAUCCGACUGUUAGUCUAUCGCAAGCGUCACUCAUUGAGAUAUUUCUAUACAAAAGGUGUAGAAACAUAGCAUGUGGAAACCAAAUUCCGGCUGAAAAUUGUAAUUGUGAGAUUUGCUCAAAAAGGAACGGUUUUUGUAACCUCUGUAUGUGUGUGAUAUGUAGCAAGUUUGACUUUGAAGUGAAUACUUGUAGAUGGAUAGGGUGUGAUUCGUGUUCUCAUUGGACACAUACAGAUUGCGCUAUACACAAUGCACAGAUCGGAAUGGGGCCUGCUGCAAAUGGAAGCACGGGAGAAAUGCUUUUUAGGUGCCGAGCGUGUAUGAGGACCUCAGAGCUAUUUGGGUGGGUCAAAGAUGUGUUCCAUCACUGUGCACCGUCGUGGGACCGAGAAGCUCUCGUUCGAGAACUUGAAUAUGUGAGUAGAAUUUUUCGUGGAAGCGAGGAGCCGAGAGGAAGGAAACUGUAUUGGAAGUGUGGAGAGCUUGUCGAAAAGUUGAAAAGUGGGGUGGCUGAACCUGUGGCUUCUAAAGCAAUACUUUCGUUCUUUCAAGAGUUCGACAUAGACCCCACAAAGCAUCAAGCAGGCGGGGAAGGUCAACUUAUGGCCCCACAAGAAGCUUUCAACCGAAUUGCAGAUGUAGUACAGGAAGCAAUCAAAAAGAUGGAAAUGGUCGAAGAAGAGAAGGUACGUGUCACAAAGAAAGCACGAUUAGCCCUCGAGGCCUGUGAUCAAGAACUUAAAGACAAAGCUCGGGAAGUAGCAGCACUUAAAAUGGAAAGACAAAAGAAAAAACAGCAAGUAGAUGAGCUCGAAAGUAUAGUCAGGCUUAAACAGGCCGAAGCUGAAAUGUUUGACCUCAAAGCCAGUGAGGCUAGACGGGAAGCCGAGAGACUGCAGAGAAUUGCACUUGCGAAAGCCGAUAAAUCAGAGGAGGAUUAUGCAAGUAGGUAUUUGAAACAACGGUUACAUGAGGCCGAAGCCGAGAAACAAUAUUUGUUUGAGAAAAUGAAGUUACAGGAAAGUUCAUCACGAGCAUCACAGAGCAGUGUUGGCGUUAGUGCUAGUGAGCCUUCUCAAAUGAUGAUGUAUAAUAAGAUACAAGAUUUGCUAAAGAACAUGUAUACUACACCCUCGAAAGGAGAUGGUCAGUCUAGUGAUAUUCGCUCGCUAGGUUCUGUUUGAGUACGUUUGGUUUAGCUAUUAGCUCACCAAGCAUGAGUAGGUUGUUAUUCUGUGCACAUUUUUAGUUUUUCUUUGUUUUUCUAAUCAUUGUAAUUCAAAACCAAAGGGUGGUUGUAGCAACUUUAUACACCUUAUGUAUCAAGUGUUGUGAUUAAUUGUGAGCCAGGAGUGAAUUGUUGUA